AUGCAAACUUGCCUCUUGGAAUCGAUCAGGCGGACAUUCCUGAAGACGCACGGCUUCAGCGUGGACAUCCACGAGCCUCGCACUGGGAAAGCUGGCUGUGGCCUCUUCUGGACAAAGACUGAGGAGGUCUACCCCAUCCACGUUGCUGCUGAAUUGGGCGACCUGAAGAACCUUCGCGUUCUGUUGCGUUAUGGCGCGGACCCCAAGGAGAAGACCUCCAAGGGUCGCACGGCCCUAGAGAUGGCCAGAAAAGCUGACAUUGCGGGUUCCCAUGCGGACGUCAUUCACCUCCUGAAGGAAGUGCAGUUCGUCAAUGUCCGCGAUGUGCUGAGGUGUUUUCCACAGUCGCUGGACUGGACGGCGAACGGAAAGACCACUUGGGAGCAAAAACCUGAUCGCUUAGACUACAGCAGGUUCAACGAGAUUGGCGAGGACGAUCGCGAGGAGCGGCUCCAAACUGGCGACGUGUCAUGGGAGGAGCUGAAAAAGGAAGAAAAGAAGCAGGUUUGGGACGCCCGAGAACAGAUGGAUGCGGUCUUGGAACAGAAACGCCGUGAAGAGGAUGACUGGAAACGACAGCUGAAGGAAAAGCCCUCCGACUUGUCUUGGGUCAAAGGGCAGCAUUUCGCCAGCUACGAGGCCUUCUGUGUUGGACGUGUUGAGGCAACGCUGAAGAAGUCCGGCAACGAGGCCUUCAAGCGAGGUGACCUUGGACAGGCCCAAGUUGAUUGGGAAGCCGGCGUUGGCAUGUUGUUGGCCUUGGGCACUUUGACCCCGGAAGUUCUCAGCGCUCUGUGCAUCUUGAGGAAUAACCUCGCACAGUUGCACAUCAAGCGAGGGGAGUGGGGCAAGGUGAAAGAUCUCACGGAUCGCAUCCUCGAUACGCAGCCCAGUAAUGAAAAAGCCUUGUACAGACGGGCUCAGGCGUUUUUCACGUUCUCUUUGUGGGAGAAGUGCGAAGCAGAUUUGGAGGUGCUGUUGAAGCACUAUCCGCAGAACAAGGACGCCGCCGCGAUGCUCCGGCAAGUUCAGCAUAAGACUGGCAAGGACCGGAAGAAGUUGGCUGGGAAGGCCGUCAGCGACAUCUGCGCCGGCCUGGCCGAGCUCUGCCCGGACGGCACGGUCCGCAAGCUGCGCAUUGAAGAGUAUGGUGAGGGUGAUCCUGAUGAGGAGCCGAAGUGGUUGCAGCCGCAGUGGCUUUCGAAAGGUUCCGAGAAGGUGGUGGUCACCUGUCAGAUGAUCAUCAGCUCUCACGGAGGUGAAGAGUUGUACAAUAGCAAGGAGUACAGGCCAUUUCCAGAGACGAAGCAAGCACGAGAUGAGCUGAAGGAGUACAUGGAGAUGGUGAAUUUUUUGGAUCAGGAAGCUGGAAAAGCUCCACGCCUGGUGGGCGAUUUCUACCGCAAGGUGAAGAAACGCCCAGUGCGCUGGUUUCUGGGGGAUCCUGGCAUGUACAAGGGCUUUGACCUUGCUGUGAGAACCAUGAAACCCAAGGUGGAUCAACCGAUGCUGGCCGCCUCCGUGGAGCAGUUCUACGAGAAGCUCCGAAAGGGGCGUGGCCACACGGUCAGAUGGUGGCCGGAGCGUCGUGGCAAGGGCACCAGGGGUGAGGAUUCCACAAUAACCCACUCGGUGACGAGCCCUACGGUGGGAUGGCAGCAAAUCUAUGCGAAGGGAAAGCAGCCAAGGGCACUUCGCGUCUCAAACCAAGGGGGCAAAAGCAGUCGGGGCCGCAUCGUCCUGCAAGGCAAGGGCGCAAACCCAGCGGCCGAACUGCAACUGGCGCAGUCGAUCAGCCGCGCAGCAGCUGCAAAAAGGUACCACAUCGAAGAGCAGAGAUUGCAGAUUUUGGAGGCGGAGAAGCUAUGGCAGCUAUGGUUGGUGGACGAGAUGACCGAGAAAGAGUUGGAACUGGACAACAAGACCCAACACGGAGUGAAGGCAGUGAAGACGCUAGAACGUUCAAUAAAGCGGUGGGGACGCAAGAACCCCAAAAUGGACAACAAGUUGGCGGAGAGGACGCCACUGAACCUGCUGCUGACCGGCCCUCAAAGGCCCCCUGUCGGCCGUGGCAAUGGUGUCGAGAUCACUUUGCUUGGCUACAUCAUUUUUCGAGGCGGUGAUCCACCCGGGAGUGCCGGAGGCUCCUGUGCCUUGGCGAUGCUGGGAAGUGAUGGUCAGCAGCACGAGGCGCAGGUGGCCCAGCACGGCGAAGGACUACACACAGACCCUGAGCCCACGGAAACAGCUGCGGCUGAUACCCAGGGUGAAGGAACAGAAGAUCCAUACAGCAAAGCACCUGCAGACACAGCAGAGGCAGAGACUGCAGAUGCAAAGCCACCUGCGGAUGUAGAGCCACCAGCAGCUACAAAGAGCAAGCCGGAAGAACCCCAGACAGAAGCAAAACCCACCCCUGGGGAGGGAACAGAGGAUCCGUAUAGCAAAGCACCUGCAGAUGCGGAGACACCUGCAGAAACAGAGACACCAGCAGCAAAGACACCUGCAGCUACAGAGGCACCUGCAGAGGAGACACCUGCAGCUACAGAGGCACCUGCAGAGGAGACACCUGCAGAAACAGAGACACCGGCAGCAGAGACACCUGCAGAAACGGAGAAACCUGCAGAGGAGACACCUGCAGAAACAGAGACACCGGCAGCAGAGACACCUGCAGAAACGGAGAAACCUGCAGCUGAGGAGACAGCCACUGCGGAGACACCAGAGGAAAAACCGGCAGAUGCAGAGGAAAGCGAAGAAUCGACGAUGACGCAGGAGCUUUGGGAGGCGAAGCAGGGCGGUCUCUGCUGCUUCACGGGCUCCGAUUAUGACGACACCUGCGGCUCCUGCUAUCCCACCGCCGUCGCCUCGUUCAAGAGUCCCUGCGCCAAGAACGGCGACAAGUGCAUGACCUGUGGUGGCUCCUGGUGCCAGCCCAAGUGCGUCAUCGGCGCUGCUGAUCCCAACAACAUGUGCAAGACGGCCUUCGACACGGGCAUCGCCGACAGCAAGAGCAUUUGCGCCAGCAAUUCCAGCAGCUGCGCCAGCUGCAAGGGUGAGUGGUGCCGACUAGGCGUCACGAAGGUGGCCGGCGGCGCCGGAGUGGUGAACAGCGGCAGUGGCCAGGCAGCCAGCGCCACCGCGGCCAUCAACACAGGCGGUUUCUGCUGCUACAGGGGCAACGUCUUCGCCAAGGAUAUGUGCACUGCCUGCGAAGACGUGUCUCAAGACAUCGCUUGCGCCAACUCCAAGGGCUGUGGCACAUGUGGAGGCACCUGGUGCGCCGGGCCCAGGUGUGUCAAGGCCUUCAGCGAUACGAAGGACCCUUGCCACUCGGCCUACAAGGGCAACGUGGCGCCCGUGAGCGACUACUGCGCCAAGACCGAGGAGAGGUGCACCGACUGCGGCGGUGCUUGGUGCUCCGCGAACGACAUCACCUUCGAUGAUGGUGACAAGUUCGAUCCGGAUGCCACUGAGGACUCCGGUGCCGAGUCCGAGUCCGAGUCGGACGAUGAUGAGGACGAGGACGACGGCCCCUCCUUCGAGCCCUUGGACGAUCUCUUGCCGCACGGCCUGGCGAAGAAGGCCUGAGCGACUUCGCUCGAUGCCGACGACGCGGCCGGAGCACAAGACCCGGAGAGUCUCGGAGAGGGAGAGACUUCGAAUGGUUUGUUAGAUUAUCUAUUAUAGAUAAUAGUGAUA